AUGGUCAGCAAUCGCCUCGACAAGGUGUCCAAGAAGAUUACAAAGAAGAAGGGCAAGAAUCCAAACUUGCACGAAGGCAGUCGCGAUACCAAGCGACUACAAAGCGCUGCGCAGAGAGACGACAAACUCAAUCGCCUUAGCAAAAUCAGAGAAAACCAGAACCGCACAUAUUUAUCUCGGAUAAGAACUUUCCAGCAAUACACAACAGAGCAUGAAUCGCCACUAAGCGUGGCCGAAAUCCAGGCCAUGAUUGAAGAUUAUGUAGGCCGAGAUGAUGAAGAGCUGGCAAAACUCAAGGCAGACCGCCGUCCCGGACGACCCCCAAGCACGCGCCAGAAUCUGCUGGAAAUUAACCAAAAGACGGAACGGGACGAAUAUGCCUCUGGCUUCUGGGUGCCCGAUCUCGAGGACCUGCUGAAUCUGCGCAAGCUAAAAGAGUGGAAUGGAACGUGGGCGCAACUGGCCAUGCUCAAGUUCUGCAGGAUUUCAAAGGACGGGUUCAAGCGCGAAUCGAGUUUCCCACCAAAGGGAAUGUCGUAA